UGUUAAACGGUUUUGUUUGUUCAGGUUUGCGCAUUAACUCGUGAGAGCCUGCUGUAACUGCGCUUCGAGAAUCUGCUGGUUAGUGUCAUGGCUGCUCGUGCAUUUAAAAAGUUCGCCCCUCUUUAUGACCGUGUUUUGGUCCAACGUUUUGAAGCUGAAACCAGAAGUAAAGGUGGGAUCAUGAUACCGGAGAAAGCUAAAGGCAAGGUUCUUGAAGCAACUGUGGUCGCACAUGGUCCUGGGUCGAGAAAUGAAAAAGGUGAAGUUGUUCCUGUGUGUGUCAAUGUUGGUGACAAGGUUUUCCUUCCUGAAUACGGUGGUACUAAAGUCGUACUGGACGAAGAUGAGUAUUUUCUUUUCCGAGAAACUGACAUUUUGGCCAAGUUCGAGAAUUGACCGGUGUUUUAGAUCUAGUCCCCACACCUUUGUACACUGAUUAUUCAAAUACCAUAGUUUUUCAUUUCUAAUAAGUCUUUUCGUACAUCGUAUUUGGGUUAUGACAGUGUGUGGCUUAUCGUAGGCACAAUUCAUGUCAUUGAUCAAGGUUUACGUUUCCUGAAGUAAUUUGCGUGGUUAUUGGAGAGGUUCAACACCCGUCGCUGAGGUUUAGUUAUUACUUACACUGAAUGCUAAUUUCAAGCAUGUAGUUUUAAGACCAUCGGGCUGUAUCCAGUUGUUACAUACGAUACUCAAGCAUCUUUAUUUUAACAUAUCACUGCAUUGAUGGUUUAAUAUGCCAGUAACUCCACAUCCAUAUGUUGGAC